CUGUCCCGCUCCGUGCCCGCUCCGUGCCCGCUCCGUGCCCGCUCCGUGCCCAUCCAUCCCGCUCCGCUCCCACCGCGCACGAUGUUCUGCCCCCCCCGACGGCUCUGCCUCUUCCUCCUGCUGCUCCUCGCGAGAGCUGCUUUUGGAACUGAUGCAGCAGCACUGAGUAGAAGGGAUAAUUUGGAUCCCUUGGACCCAAGUGGGGGAGGGACAGAGUUGUACUACGUGCCAGAAAAAGGUCUCCACUGCCAGCAGUGUCCCGCAGGCACCCACCUUGCAAAGUCCUGUGAAGAAGAAAAUGGCUCCAGCACGUGUUUGCCCUGCAAGGCCGAGGAAUUCAUGGAUUACCCAAACGCCUUCCACUCCUGCCAUGAAUGUCUGAAGUGCAGGGAAGAUCAGGUGGAGCUGAGUCCCUGCCAGGCCACCAGGAACACGGAGUGUGCCUGCAAGGAGGGCACCUUCUGCGACCCGAAGCUCCCCUGUGAGAUGUGCCACAAGUGCCAGCCCCGGUGUCCCGAGGGCCAGGUGGUGCUGUCUCCCUGCACUCCUUACAGUGAUCUCCAGUGUGGUCCUGCCCAGGGCACCGGCUUCAACUACCUCUGGAUUAUCAUCCCAGUGGUGUUCGUGAUCCUGAUCCUGCUCGUGCUUGUGCUCCUCAUCUGUAAGUACUGCUGCUGUUCCCCAGGGAAGAGGAGAAACCUGACGUCCUACAGUUUGAAGGAUGCAAGCAACCUGAUGCAAAAGCUGAGCUGGUGCGGGAGGGGGAACGUGGGGACACAGGACAACAACCUCAACGAGCAGCGCGCCCGGGAUCCGCCGCUCCCCAGGGCCGAGGAGUCAGAGGAGAUGCUGCCGAUUGCUCCUUCUCCCAGGCCGAGACCCAGGAGGGAUCUGGUUCCACAGACAGGGAAAGAACCCAUUCAGGCGCUGCGAAACACUUUUUACACCUUUGCUGGAAUGAAAUUCAUCUACUGGAAGAAAUUCGGCCGAAGCCUCGAAAUGCCAGAGAACGAUCUGCCUGAUAACCGGACACAGGACGCCUUCUAUGAAAUGCUCAACAAGUGGCUGGAGAGAGAAGGUUCCAAAGCCUCUGUGAACGUGCUGCUGGAGACCCUGGACCAGCUCAACCUCCGUGGGGUGGCAGACGACAUCUCCUCCGAGAUCAUCAGGAAGGGAUUAUUUAAAUCCGAAGGAGCUGAAGAGCAGGGCGGGUCCUGCGCCUCCGUUCCGUGACCCGAAGCUGUGAACUACCUCCCUGGACAUAUGAAUUUGAGCUGUUUAUAGCUCUGCCAUUGUGGAGCCUGGCUGAACCAGGAGUGAAGUACGAACUUCGUGGUGCUGUUUUUGUAGCUGUUGCAGCUGCAGGCUCCAUGGUGGUGCUUCCUUACCAAUGCCAAGUGCUCUCUUGGUUUCACUUGGUCGUUCACUGUUUAGUUGCUGCUGUUUUUUUAAGUUACUUUAAGGUUUUUUAAGUUACGUUAGAGGUUCUGCUUGCUGUUCCAGCUUGAAAAGUGGACUUUGAGGGGAGAGCGGGAACGAUUUAUUUGCACUAUGAUCACUGGGGUUGCUUAAGAAAAGGGACAGUGCAGGGAUCAUCUAGUCCAACCCCCCUGCCACGAGAAGGGACAUCUUCCACUGGAUCCAAGGCUCCAAGCCCUGUCUAGCCUUGACCUUGAAUGUUUUUAGGGAUGGGGCAACCACCACCUUUCUGGGCAACUUGUGCCAGUGUUUAACCACGUCCUCAUUUGAAAAAGGUUCUUCCUAAUAUCCAGUCUAAUUCGACCCUCCUUCAGUUUGAAGCCAUUCUCAUGUCCUGUCACUCCAGGCUCUUGUCCAAAGUCCCUCUCCAGCUCUCCUGGAGCCCCUUCAGGCCCUGGAAGGGGCUCUCAGGUCUCCCUGGAUCCUUCUCUUCUCCAGGUGAACCCCCCCAGCUCUCCCAGCCUGGCUCCAGAGCAGAGGGGCUCCAGCCCUUGGAGAAUCUCCGUGGCCUCCUCUGGACUCACUUCAGCAGCUCCACGUCCUUGUGAUGUUGGAGGCCCCAGAGCUGCAGGUGGGGUGUCAUCAGAGCUGAGUAGAGGGGGAAAAUCACCUCCCUGGACCUGCUGAUGACAGUUUAGUUCCGUUCCCUCGGCUGUGGGGUGGCUUUGCAGUCCCUGUGACUCCAGCCAGCGUUGAAAGGUGAAUGCACUGAAGGUCUGAGAGUGACCACAAGCACCUGCCAUCCCUCCCCCAACUGCAGGGGUUGCUUCUCAAACACUUUCCCUCUCACGCAUAGCUCAGGGACAACUUUGCUGGAAAAACUACUGGGUUACUUGAGCUGCCACCCCAGUACAGCCCAGUCCACCAGGACCUUCCCCAGUGUGGUGGGAGCAGCCCAGGGCUGCCCUUUGCUGCCAAGCACUUGCCCCUCCUGCUCCCACCACUUCUCCCCCACUCAGUACAACCGAACAAACCACGUGGAUGCAAGCAGGACUUGUGUAUUUAUGUAUUUAUUUAGCAAUUGUUUACAUAUGUUAACUUAAAAGUUAAUAUAAAAAUAUUGGUAUUUUGGUA